GUUUUUAAAAUUGCAUAGUUGCGAAAGUGAGGAAUGCUGAGGGUUGUGACAUCUUCUGCGUCCAAAUUCUUCACCGCAAAACAGCCUCUUGUUCGGAACAUUUCACCCUUUGCUUCUCGCUUCUCAAUCCGUUCAAUGGCUGACUCUGCUCCUUUCACCAAAAUCCAGAUUCAAAGGGAUGACAACACUACAUUCGAUGCGUAUGUAAUUGGCAAACAAGAUGCUCCGGGAAUUGUUGUGCUCCAAGAGUGGUGGGGUGUGGAUUUUGAAAUUAAAAAUCACGCGGCUAUGAUUUCUCAACUCGGUCGUGGAUUUAAAGCUCUUAUCCCAGAUCUAUACAGAGGAAAAGUUGGUCUUGAUGUUGCAGAAGCGCAACAUUUGUUUGAUGGUCUUGAUUGGCAAGGUGCUGUGAAGGAUAUCCAUGCUUCAGUUGAUUGGCUUAAAGCAAAUGGUUCAAAGAAGGCUGGUGUAACUGGAUUUUGUAUGGGGGGUGCUCUAGCAAUUGCAAGCUCUGUCUUGGUUCCGCAUGUUGAUGCUGCUGUGGCUUUCUAUGGAGUUCCUUCUUCUGAACUUGCAGACCCUGCUCAAGCCAAGGUUCCUGUUCAAGCUCACUUUGGAGAGCUGGAUAAUUUUGUUGGCUUUUCAGAUGUUACGGCUGCCAAGGCUUUGGAGGAGAAGUUGAAGGCAUCUGGAGUUCCACAUGAAGUACACAUAUACCCUGGAAACAGUCAUGCAUUCAUGAACAGGUCUCCAGAAGGAAUCAAUAGGAGGAAGAACAUGGGUUUGCCUGAUGAAGAUGAAACUUCAGUUCAGCUCGCAUGGUCUCGCUUCCAAUCGUGGAUGACACAGUACUUGUCCAGCUAGGUAAUUUAUUACGAGCUAAGUUUAUCAGAGAUAUUACAUAAUGCUAUGUUCUAUCUUUUAGGUAGUAAAGUAGUAUGACUGUAAUGGUUUCAUCUGUGAUGGCUAUGUACUAAUAAAUACAUCUCAAUGGAAUGUGAGCAAUGAUUAAAUAAAUAUUGCGUUGAGACUAAUGUGAACCGGCAAUAUAAGUGCUUUAGCUUGUGUUUGGUUGAGUGGUGGGCAACCACCACUGUGAAUUUAGAGCUCUCUAUGCAUGACUUUUAGAAGCUCCAAUGUGUAACUUCUGGUCCAUCAUGAUUUUCCACUGUGA